AUGCUGGCUCAUGCACAACCGACAAAUGCGACUCAUUCAAUCCCUAAGGAAACAGUCUCCGAGCUGAGCCAUACCUUGAAAUACCCGGGUUACUCCGGCUGCAUGAGCAGCUGCGGUGGGAUGUUUUGCGGUUGUUUCCUGCCGCUACCCAGUUGCUGGUUUUACAAAGUUACUCACAGGCCAGUGUCAGAUCACGUGUUCGAAAUAAUACGGUGCUCACACUGGACCCCAACAGUGACUCUCGAUAUCGAGAUCACAACAGAGAACGGCACCAGCAAAUUCACACAAGCAUUCCAACCCUACGUUUCGGAACACCUCCGCGACUUCAACAUCACGGUCGCAUCCAUCCAAAAACUGGCGGGUUCCUUAGAACAUACUCAGUUCGCAGUCGCAUCCAACAACACUGAUCGAGCCUACGUGCUCCCACCCAAUUACCAACUACCCGUCGCAUGCGGCACCCCCUCACAGGCACUGAACGACUUCGCCUCUGCAAGCUGUGCAAACUCACCGCUAAGUUGCCGAUGUCCUGACGAUUCUUUCCAGAAACUUUCUGACAACCCGGAAAGCAAGUUACCUCUACAAUUGCCUCAUGUAAAAAUAACUGCUGAGGCAAACGAUAUCGUUGCUACGUCCAACGAGGAGGAACUGGUUAUAAGAAUUGAGUCCAGGAUGCUGCAUAAUGCAGCUGAAUUGGUAACAAGCCAAGAGUGCGAAGUCCAUGUCUCCGAAGUUUUCGGCUGCUAUGACUGCGCCAUAGGUGCACAUUUCACUGCCGUUUGCCGAACCAGCAUACAGGCCACAAUAACCUUUUUGGUCAAAUGUGGACCAUCCAACGAAACCAACAGCAUCGUCCUAAGUUUUGAUCACCCCGUAGUACACGAACAAUGCAACGCUCAUUGCUCGGAAAAGCCUACCACGUUUCUGCUGAACGGAUCCUUACACUACCACAUAGAAGAUCCUCAAGACAUUUCAGUCUUCGAGAGGAAAACCCACGGUGUCCCACUGAAACAUCAGUGGUUCAGCGAUAUCACCAUUCCAAGUCUCGAUCCAUUAAUCAAUGUGAUCAAGACCCACUGGAAACUAGCACUGGCCUGCAUCACUACCACAUUAGGUAUAGCAGCCCUUACCUACCUAGCAGGCCCGCUCAUCAUAUUGUUCAUUGCUAAGGCGGGAAUUUCCUUUCUGGGUUCCUUGCUAUCACGGCUCUUCAAAAACACGAGCCGAUUAUCCAUCAAGCUCAAAGAGAGCUUGUCAGGAAGAAGGAGCACCAACCCGCAAUAA